AUGGUUGGGCAUUCGCUGCAGAACUCGUCUUGGAAGCUGCAGAUUGCCACAUGGGAGUUGGUCAUUGGGUGCCGGUCGUCGGUCGGCGUUGCAAGGAAAUGGAUAUCGAUGGGUCAUGCCGCGGUGGAGGUUCCCUGCGCGCCCAGCCUGUUGGAGCCGGGCAGAAGUGAGCCAGCAAAGAUGCAGCAGUCACUUGGGACCGUAGGGCAGCCGUUGGUGUGUCCGGGAGUUUCGGGGCGACCCAGAAAGGUUGGGAGCAAUGCUGGCCGCUCGCUGGUGCCAGUGAGCGCGUCAAAGUCAGACGUAGCUGCGCCUAGUUCCACCGGGUCCACCCUCGCCCUGGAAAGGCCCGAGCUUGUUCUCAGCGGCCACCCAGACGCAGUGAGGCGACGACAGGACGCCACAAAGCGGCUGCGUGACGCCAAGGUGCAGGGAGAGCUUGCAUCAAGUACAGCAUGGUAUGAGAAUCCACUCCCAGACAAUUUCCUGCGCGUGAGGACACCCGAAGAUUUUUUGGAGGCCAUAGCAGGGGACACACUGGUCAUUGCCGACUAUUUCGUGCCCUGGUGCAUCGCCUGCCGCCGCUUCCAUCCAGCACUGAUAAAACUGGCUACUAAGCACCCAGAGUGCACAUUCUUGGCGGUGAAUGGGGGCGACCAUGCGCUGCAUGACUUUGUGGCAACCUUGGGCGUGGAGAAGCUGCCGUACUUCCAAUUCUACCGGUGUGGAGAGAUACUGUCCCAAUUUGCUGCCAACCUGUCCAAGAUUGGCCAGCUGCGCGCAGAGAUCGACAUGUACAAGGCUCGCGCGCAGCAGCACGGACGCAGCAUCAUCAGCCAGUCCUAG